AUGUCUACCAUCCCACCCGAGAUCAUUAAUUGGACAAUUUUGAACGAAAUCAUAUCGAUGGAUGACGAUGAUUCCGAUUUCUCUAAGAGUUUGAUUAUUCAAUUCAUCGACCAGGCACAAACCACUUUUGCCCAGAUGCAACGACAGCUGGACGGCGAUAAAAAUCUCACAGAAUUAGAUAACUUAGGGCAUUUUUUAAAGGGCUCUUCUGCAGCUUUAGGUUUACAAAGAAUCGCGUGGGUUUGCGAAAGAAUCCAAAACCUGGGCAGAAAAAUGGAGCAUUUCUUUCCCAAUAAGGUUGAAUUAAUCAAUACUCUAAGUAACAAAUCGGUCAUCAAUGGAAUCGAUAUCAACGAGGAUGACGAAGAAAUGAAGAUACAGGCGGAUAAUACACAUGCUGAUUCCAUAUUUUUGAUUUUGAUAGCUAAGGCUUUGAAUCAAGCUAGGUUAGAGUUCAAACUGGCGAGAAUUGAAUUAUCGAAAUACUAUAACACUGAUCUAUGA